AUGGAGGUUGGAGCUCUGCGCUGCGGCUGCCCGCUUUCAGUGCCGCUGCCCCCGUGGGGCUGCCCCUGCGUUCCGCACGAUUCCGCACCCUUCGCUUCUUCCUCCUCCUCUUCCUCACCCCACCGCUCAGUGCCCUUCUGGAGGCCGUGGGCGCCCGGCCCCGCCGCGGCGCGCAGUCCCCGCGGGCUGGCCGAGGCCUCUGGAAAGCCGGCUCAAUACGCGCACCCUGUGAGACUGUUUUGGCCCAAAUCAAGGUGCUAUGAUUACUUGUAUCAGGAAGCUGAGGCACUUCUGAAAAACUUUCCUGUUCAAGCUACGAUUUCUUUUUAUGAAGACUCAGACAGUGAGGAGGAUGAAGGUGAACUGGAGCAACAUGCAAGAACAGAAUCACAUUGCUGAUGGCAAG